AACUUUGUCAGGGGUGAAGAUCAGAUCACACGUAGGUUGUUGUUGUAGGAGCAUGGAGUUGCAGUAAAUGCAUAUAUGGCAUGUACAUUUAUAAAUGGCUAGGUUCUUAUUCCUGGGAGUCCAAAUGAUGUGGACUGGAGUACUGCUGCUGUUCUGUCUGGAUCUAUGGGUAUCUGCAGAUGAGUUGGGACGUCCAACGACUUUCUGGUGGGACAAUGAUAUUCAAGUCAAAAAACACAGCGAUCAACAGUCAUGGGGGCAUAUUUUCAGAAAGUAUUGUGAUUCAGCACACAUUAAGGACUGUGAUCGUGGUUAUUACAGUGAGCGAAGUGGACCACAUAAGGGACGGUGUGUGCCGUGCAACUGCAAUGGCCUGUCCAAUGACUGUGACCCACAUACUGGAAAAUGUUUGAACUGCCAUUUUAAUACAGCCGGCGACCACUGUGAGCGUUGUAUGGAGGGUUAUUACGGCAGUGCUGUUAUGAGAACCUGUUGUAUGUGUCCAUGUCCCUUAGCAGACCCAUCCAACAGUUUUGCAGUGGGAUGUCUCAGGGUUGGAGAUGAGUUUGAGUGUUUGUGCAAACCUGGUUACGCUGGAGUUCGAUGUGAAAGGUGUGCGCUUGGAUACUAUGGCAAUCCUUUAGUGAAAAGAGGAAGUUGUCAGCCGUGUGACUGUGACCACGGUUAUGUAUGUGACCCGCUAACAGGUGAUUGUUUUGAGGCCGAUGACCCGGACACUGGCAACUGCCUCGAGUGCGAUACCUGCGUCAUUAAGUUAAUGGAUGAUCUUGAUGCGAUGGAUGAUGAGUUCUCCAAACUGAAGACUCAACUCGAGUUUUAUAGUCGAAAUGCUACUUCACACACAGGACUGGAAAAACUUGAAGAUGCAAUUGCUGGUACAAAGGUUUUGGUCCAUAAGUACUCCGAAUCUGUCUUUGCAUUGAAACCAAAGGUUUUGGAGCUUGAAUCUGAUCUUGAAAGUAUCAUAGAUGACCUCACUGUUCUCAAUGACAAGGCAAUUGAGAUGUUCUGUACUGCAGGUCAGUUGUUAAAGACUCUGGACCAAACCUAUCAAAGAGGGGACAACCUACGAUCUGAGAGUGUGAAACUCUUACGAAAGAUACAAGAGUUCUUGGAAGAGUUGAAGCGAUCCAACCACACUGGUGGGAACACAGAGGAGGCCACCAGGAUGAUAAAAGAAGCCCGAUGGAUGCUGGUGAAGAUGCGAAGACAAAGCUGUAGGGUUCAGAGAGAACUGGCUAACGAGGAGCUCAGAAAAGCACGAACACUACUUAACCUCAUCUUGAAUGACCUGAUGGUUCCUCUGAAUGGCUCCUUGGUAGUGACUGAUCGUAUUAGACAAAAACUCAUGGAUCAGGCAGAAGAUCUUAAAGAUAUACAAGAGGCGCUUAUAGAUGCACAGCUUGAUGUGAUCAAGGCCAAUGCUGUGAAUAAACUCAACGAGGAACAGCUGAGAAAUAUUUUGAAACAGUUAAAGGUAUUGAGGAAAAAUCAAAGAAAUAUCAUGGCCAAUGUGAACAUGACCAGAGAGACACUAAAAGAGACUUCGGAGUUCCAGAAAAUGAUGGCUGACCUAACAAAGGAAAUGACUCAUCUAGCAGCUUUGAUUGACGGAGCAAAAAACGAACUAGAAGCAAAACUUGAGCUGCUCGCCAAUGCAACCGCUAAGGCGGGAAUUGUGAGACAGGCUGAGGAGCAUGCGCAGGAACUUAUGAAGCUGGCUAUGGACUUUCAAAUGUUCAUAUGGAGCAUCACCAAUUCAACCGCUGUUCAGAAAGCAAUCGAAGCCAUCAAAGCAUUUACAGACGUCAUUGAUGCCAUAAAGGAGGCGGAAGCUGCGGCCAAACACGCUAAAGAAGUGGCAGACCAGGCUUUUGAGGAUGUGCAAGGACAAGAUCUACAAAAUAAAGCCAAUGAUUUGAAAAACUUUGCAAAUACUCUGCUGGUGAAGGCCAAGGAAGUGGAGAUACAGCUAGAAGAUGUCACGCAAAAAUGUGAAGCUUACAAGAACUGGAUCCAGCAGGCCAAAGACAAACAGAACACCCUGAAGCAAGUCUUGCAAGAUGUGUUGGAGAGGAUGAACAACAUCAAAAGGGAUGAUAUUCGUGUCCUCAUCAACCAAGCCAAGGAAGGUGCUGCAGAUGUGAACGCCACAGCAGGCGAUGCAAUAACCAGAAUGCAAAACAUCAGUGAAGAACUUGCCAAAAUCAAGAUUUCCUCUCAAGAUUCAAACCUGAACAACUUACUUGAUGGUGUCAACAAAACAUUGACAGAACUGGAUCAGUCUUUCCCUUCACUGAUUGACAAACUAAACGAAGUGGAGAACCAAAGCGAGCACAUGCCUAGUUCAGCCAACAUCUCCAACAGCAUCCAGAAAAUCAAAGACUUGAUCGAACAGACCAGAGACGCGGCCAACAGGAUCAGGGGGCCGAUCUUGUUUUCUAGUGAUGCUCACAUUGAACUUCGACCUCCUAAAGACCUAGAAGACUUCCGAACCUUUACUGCUCUCAAUCUUACUCUGCACCAACCAAAAGCUCGAGGCGAUGGAAGACGUAGACGCCAACUGGGUGUUGAAGACAACCAGUUUGUUUUUUAUCUUGGAAAUAAGCAUACAGUCAGGGAUUUCAUUGGCCUGGUUGUGAAGAAUGGUGUCCUGUUUUGUGUCUACAAAGUGGGUGGCCGUUUUUAUGAGAUAAAGACCAGCGAAAUCACCAAGUCCAACAAUGACAAAGCUUUUAUGGAUAGGGUGGAUUUCCGCAGAGUUUAUCAAGAUGCGCAGGUCAUAUACACAGAGACUUUCACUUCAACUGAACCCAAAGUGCUGCCGCCCAUGAUUAAUAAGCCUAGCGACAUGAACGGAUUGCUUGAUCUGGAUCCCAAUGAGGUUGUCUUAUAUGUAGGUGGAUACCCAGAAGAUUUUGAGCCACCUGAAGAGCUUCGGUACCCAGGAUACAAGGGUUGUAUUGAGUUUUCUACGUUAAAUGAUCGUAUCCUUGGCUUGUACAACUUUAAGCGUGCCAUCAACAUCACAAAAACUGACACGUGUCAAAGGGGAAAAGUCCACAUGUUGGGGGAUUAUUUCGAUGGCACAGGUUACGGAAAGGUUGCUGUAUCACGUGGGAACUCUCUUAUUAAGUUCUUUGUUAGGAGUCAUCAAAUGGAUGCAGUGCUUUUUUAUGUGGGAAGCGAGACCUUGCACUUCUUAGUUACAUUUGAAGGAGGCUAUAUUGUUUUGAAAGGAAAAAACAAUUACACAAAAAUUUUUGAAAAGUCACAAUUAAAAGUAUUUCCCCUAACAAACUUCAUCCAUAUCAAAAUGAUUCUGAAUGAAGAUAGACCAGCAUCAAUAACCGUCACAGACAACAUCAACAUUUUUUUUGGAAACGUCAAAGGGUUUUUUGAGGAGGCCUACAUCGGGGGUGUUCCAGCUGCAGUCCGGGAAAAAUAUAAUAUUGUUCUUCCGCCACUUAGAGGAUGUGUCAAUAACGUCCAUGUAGAUGUCACUGCUUCUUUUACAGAGGAAGUUGGAAUCGUCCGAGGUUGUCCAAAUCCUUUACUGGGUUCCCGAGAGGCUACUUUUAAAUUUGGGAGUUCUCUCUCUCUGUCACCUCCUGUUAAGGAUACAGACUCAGGGACAAUGGUUUCACUUGGAUUUAAGAUAUCCCAGGAGAAUGUUUCACCCUUAAUACUGACUGGUGGAAUGAAUAAUGAGUUUUUGCUGUCUUUGAAUGACGGCUAUGUUGAAAUGAGUGUCAAUAAGAAAAAAUUAACAUCCACAAACAAAUGCGAAACUGGAAAAUGGCAUUACAUAACAGCCUACAGAAGUGGAGCGGGGAUGCGGCUAAACGUUGACAACACAGAUAUUGGAAAUCCACCACCACCACCAUCACCAUCAUCCACAUUCACUGAACUUGGGGAAAAUGUGAUUUUAGGGGAUGGUUUAUUUGAAGGCUGUUUGAGGAACCUGUAUAUACGGAGUCUACAGACCGAAUACAUUCCGGCCGAUUUGAGCAGAUUCAAUCAGACUGGAAAUGUAUCUCUGGGAUUUUGUAAAGCAGAGCGCCCCCCUCUGGACUCUACUAAGAAGCGUGCCAGACAUGCUGGAAUUACACUCAACAGCAAUUCGGGAAGAUCUAAACAAGGCUGUAGAAACCCAAAGUCCAUCAAAAACACCUACCACCUUGGUUCCAACAGCCAAAUGCAGUUUAAAAUAGAUCCAGAGAAGCUCAAUAACAGGCUGCAUUUCUCCCUAGAUGUCCGUACCAAAUCAUCUGAAGGACUUUUACUCCAUGUCUCAGGGAAAUAUGGCGUUCCUCUUGUGAUCUUGUAUUUCGAUAAAGGAAAAGUCAAACUCUCUGUUGGGGCAGAUGAAUUAAUCUCCUCUCAGAAGAUAAAUGAUGGUGACUGGCACAAUAUCAAGUCCAGCAUGAAGCAACACAACUUUCAUCUAGUGGUGGAUGGCGUUCAAACACCCGAUGGACAUUCGUUGAAAGGAUUCACACAUGAUCUGCAAUCUCCUGUCUAUGUGGGACACGGAAAAUUUCAGAUGCUUCACAAAACACAAGAAAAAGUGCCUCAGAAGAGUAUAAUCGGAUGCAUUCAAGACAUAAAGGUUUCUAAGGUUCUCCUUGUGGAUCCAGCUGUCAGUCGUGGGGUUACACCCUGCUUCAAAGGCGUGACAGAGAAGGGAGCCUAUUUUGCUGGAAAUGGCGCACAUUUGGUCUUAGAAAAGCACCUUAUCUUUGGUUCUACAUACAACCUGGAUUUUGAAUUUCGGCCCAAGAACCUCACCGGCCUAGUCUUCCACAAAAUCGAUAACCGUGGACGGACACUCACUCUGUUUCUCAAGAAAGGAAAGGUGGUGUUAACAGCGUACAAUGGACAGCGCCGCUAUGGCACCGCAUUGACCCCAACAAGACCCCUCUGUGAUGCAUUUCACUAUGUGACAGUGUCCAUGCGGAGGAAAACUAUCGAGCUAAGAGUGGACGAAGUGUCCUCACGGGUGAGACAAAAGUCUGUAUACCUUCCUCCAUCGCAUGAAACGAUCUACAUCGGUGGCAUUUCAGAGAAUCAAAGCGAAGAAGUGGAAAUGCGGGCAUCUUAUGUGGGGUGUUUGAGAAACGUGCGGCUUAAUCAAAAUCCUAUCACAUUUGAUGACAUAACAAGCAUAUUCGGCCCCAUAAACACCAACGAGUGCCCAGCGGAAUAAUGGAAACAGAAAUCAAGCACAGCUCAGCAGACUAAUUUUGGAGUUAAACAGUUUGCAAAAUACAAAUUAUGAUUGCUUUGGGUAAUUGUAUUGGAAAGUGACAUUAAAAAUAGACUUGCACAAAUAUACAUAAUGAAAGCACAUUUCCUCAAUAGUUAGAAUUAAUGUUAAUGAAGCCUCAAAUGUAAA